CGAGUAGUUGUUUCAAGGCAAAACCAUGAAGCUCUGCAUCUGCAUUCUAGCUGUCUUGGGGUAUUCCCUGGCUCUACCUUCGCCUCUGCAAGAAUCUCUGGCCUGGGAGGAAAUCAAGGGGGAGAACGUUUACAUCGAACCCAUCAGCAACUACACUGUCGAUGCACCCGUUGGAGGAAGGGUUAUUGGAGGCGCCGUUGUUAGCCCCAACUCUGUACCGUACCAAGUGGCCCUCUUCAUCAACGGCCGCAGUUUCUGUGGUGGUUCCUUGAUCUCCCGCAACUUCGUCCUCACCGCUGCCCACUGUACCAUCAGCGCUUCCUUCGUUGAUCUCGUCUUUGGCGCGCACAACAUCCAGACCACAGAGACCACUCAGGUGAGAGUUACAAGCACGUACAUCACCAACCACGGUCAAUACAAUCCAUCCGGUCUUCGCAACGACGUGGCUUUGGUCAGGAUUCCAAAUGCCAUCAGUCUCAACAACAAUAUCCGGAUUGUUACCCUCGCUUCUGCCUCGGCAGGAACCUACGCGGGAUCUACCGCUCUCUUGACCGGCUGGGGAAGGAUUUCCGAUUCUGCCGCAGGAAUCACGAACCUGCUUCGAGGAGUCAGCGUCACCGUAAUCACCAAUGCCGUAUGCGCUAACACUUACGGCAGUACUAUUCAAGCAACGAAUAUAUGCACCUCGGGAGCCGGUGUUGUGGGAGGAUGCAAUGGCGAUUCGGGUGGUCCAUUGACAGUUGGUAAUGUCCAAGUCGGCGUGGCUUCUUUCGUUUCCGCUAGAGGAUGCCAGUCUGGUCUCCCAACUGGUUAUGCUAGAGUUAGUGCCUUCAGGACUUGGAUUGCCCAAAAUUCUGAUGUGUCAUGCAGAUGUGUCUUAUUUUUUUUUCAAAGUAACGCCAUGAAAGUUACGUUGUGCCUGGUCGCCAUUUUUGGCUGCUCCCUAGCUCUACCGUCGCCGUACCAAGAACCCCUGGAAUGGGAGGACAUCAAGGGGGAGAACGUUUACAUCGAACCCAUCAGCAACUACACUGACGCACCCAUUGGAGGGAGGAUUAUUGGAGGCAGCGUGGUCACCCCCAAUUCUGUGCCGUUCCAAGUGGCCAUCUUCAUCAACGGUCGCAGUUUCUGCGGUGGUUCCUUGAUCUCUCGCAACUUCGUCCUUACUGCCGCUCAUUGCACUAUCAGCGCUUCCUUCGUGGAACUGAUCUUCGGAGCUCACAAUGUCCAAGUCAGAGAAAACACUCAAGUGAGGGUCACGAGUACAAACAUCAUCAACCACCCUCAAUACACAGCUUCCAACCUGCGCAACGACGUGUCUUUGGUCAGGAUUCCAAGCCCCAUCACCCUCAACAACAACAUUCGAACCAUCGCUCUCGCCCCCGCGUCGGCGGGAACCUACGCAGGAUCUACAGGUCGUUUGACCGGCUGGGGAAGGAUUUCCGAUUCUUCCUCAGGAAUCACGAACCUGCUUCGAGGAGUUAAUGCCCAAAUCAUCACCAACGCUGUAUGUGCGAGCACCUAUGGAACCAACGUUAUUGUUGCUUCUACCAUUUGCACGUCUGGGGCCAAUACCGUUGGAGCUUGCCAAGGUGACUCUGGUGGCCCAUUGGUAGUCAGCGGGGUUCUAGUAGGUGUCACUUCCUUCGUCUCUGCUAGAGGAUGUCAGUCGGGUCUUCCAAGUGGUUUCGCAAGAGUGAGCUCUUUCAGGUCAUGGAUCUCCCAGAAUUCUGAUGCGUAAAUUGACGAUUGAAAUUUCAAAUAAAGUAUAAUUCACAAAGUAA